GGGGAGGGGGGUCCCCUGCAAAUCCUCGCUUCGUCUGGGAACUUUCUGGGCGGCGAGCACGCAGCAUCGGGAAGCCCGCUCCGUAGCCGGGCACUGGGCAGGCCCUGGGAAACCGGCUCAUUCAUUAGAAUCACGUAAGAACUCACGGGAAACCGUGCCUCUCUCGCGCCGCGAGGACGUUUGCGUAAACCUAUAGGUUUUUCCACCUCGAUGCUUUGUCUUCUGUAGUCGCCAAGGUGGUUGAGAGUUUAAGCUUGCGGAUAUUGCCACGGUUUAUUAGAUUCAUAAGUCAUAGAAGUGGUGGGCGAUCACUGAGCAAAGCCGAAGUUCUCACAUGAUGACUUCAAGCGACACACAUUACCUUCCAGCAUCUGUCGGGGAGACGAGAUCUUAAGACACUUGCGUCUCCAGGACAGCCAAGACACCAUGUUCCACCAGGUGAGAAGAGUGAUGACCAUCCUUUUCCUUACUAUGGUUAUUUCGUACUUCGGUUGCAUGAAGGCUGCCCCCAUGAAAGAAGCCAGCGUCCGAGGCCCAGGCAGCUUGGCCUACCCCGGAGUGCGGACCCACGGGGCUCUGGAGAGCGCGACUGGGCCCAAGGUGGGCGCUCGGGGCCUGACCUCAUCCUCGUCCUCUUCGUCGUCAUCACUGGCUGACACCUUCGAGCACGUGAUUGAGGAGCUGCUGGUGGAGGACCAGAAAGCCAGGCCCCACGAGGAGAGCGCAAAGGACGCGGACUUGUACACGUCCCGGGUGAUGCUGAGCAGCCAAGUGCCUUUGGAGCCCCCCCUGCUCUUCCUGCUUGAGGAGUACAAAAAUUACCUGGACGCCGCCAACAUGUCCAUGCGGGUCCGGCGCCACUCCGACCCCGCACGCCGCGGGGAGCUGAGCGUGUGUGACAGCGUCAGCGAGUGGGUCACCGCCGCGGAUAAAAAGACGGCCGUGGACAUGUCCGGCGGGACAGUCACAGUCCUGGAGAAGGUCCCCGUGUCCAAAGGCCAGCUGAAGCAAUACUUCUACGAGACCAAGUGCAAUCCCAUGGGCUACACCAAGGAGGGCUGCAGAGGCAUAGACAAGAGGCACUGGAACUCCCAGUGCCGAACUACCCAGUCGUAUGUGCGGGCCCUGACCAUGGAUAGCAAAAAGAGAAUCGGCUGGCGGUUCAUAAGGAUAGACACUUCCUGUGUAUGUACACUGACCAUUAAGAGGGGCAGAUAGUGGCUUUAUGUUGUAUAGAUUCUAUGGAGACAAAAAUUAUCUAUUUGUAUAUAUACAUAACAGGGUAAAUUAUUCAGUUAAGAAAAAAAUAAUUUUAUGAACUGCAUGUAUAAAUGGAGUUUAUACAGUACAGUGGUUCUACAACCUAUUUAUUGGACAUAUCCAUGACCAGAAAGAAAAACAGUCAUUUGCGCACAACCUUAAACAAAAAGUCUGCAUUACAUUCCUCGAUCAUGUUGUGGUUUGUUGCCGUUGCCAAGAAUCGAAAACAUAAAAAGUUUUAAAAAAUUACUAAUAAAUUGCAUGCUGCUUUAAUUGUGAAUUGAUAAUAAACUGUCCUCUUUCAGAAAACAGACAAAAAAAAAAAAGACAAACACAAAAAUUUGAACCAAAACAUUCCGUUUACAUUUUAGACAGUAAGUAUCUUCGUUCUCUUAUUAGUACUCUCGUCUGUUAAACUGCUUUUCACUUCUGAUAGCGUUGGAAUUAAAACUAUGUCAAGGUGC